AUGGUUUUCUAUCCAGAUAACGUUCCUCGGCGCGAUCGUGCCAUACAAUUGCAAAACGACAUCUCUGUGCUCCAAAAUUCUGCAAGGGAGGCCAGAGAAGCCAUGGACAAAGAGGACGCACGUAUGCUUCCGUACAUCAAUCAGAUCCUCAAGAAUCACAACAUGUCUACCUUCGAUGACCUCCAAAAGAAGCUGAAUGAUGCUCUUUCCGGCACACAGAAAGAGAUGUACGAUGAUCUCGUGAACAAUGCCCGGAGACUAUCUGUUGGCGAUGACACCGCCCUGAUGGUGAUGAGCGGUAUCUUAUUCUCAGCAGGGAUUGUAGCCAAAGCAAUCGAUAUCGGAAACUUCUUGCGGGCUGUUAACCUCGUUACGGUGCUACGCAGCUACGCUCGUGCAUUCAUCACUCUAGUGACUGAAGGUGUCGAGGCGGGCAUGAGAGCCUUUAGGCUAGUCUCAACAGUCUUCCGAUGGUCGGAAGGUACGUGGGUUUAUUGUCACCUGGCGGUGGUCUCAUACAGUCCCUCAGAGACUUUGCUGGAGACUAGCCAGCUCGCCAGAUACGCUGGGAACGCCAGUCGAUUCCUCAAAGUCCUUUCUGUUAUCGGUAUAUUUGCUGACGGGUUUAUCCUCGCAUUUGACUUCUUUGAACAAAAGAAACAAAAGGAAGAGUUGGACAAGGCAAUCAAUGAGCUCUACGUGUCCCGUAUCGUCGCCAAGUCUUUUGCUAGAAUGUGCGACGCCAUCAAGACACAGGACGGCCUGAUGCUUGGCUACUUAAUUCUUGUAGGUGAUGACGGGACCAUCAGCAAGGAAGACCAAGAUGCAGCCGACAAGAUCGUCAACAAAUUCGUCGAGUAUGUGAAAAAGGACUGGGGCGCUAUCACCACCGCCUCGUCACUGGAUCUCCUAGUUGUCCUCGAUAAGCAACGUGGAAGCUGGACUAAUGAAGACCCAAGCUACCAGGACGCCAUCAAGAAUGCUGAGGAUCAGGUCAAGACAGACCCACCGAGCUCACCUGGUGUCCAUGCCGUAGUCAGCACUUCCGCGCUGGUUGCCAAGACGGCGGCGCAUCGCUUGGCCGCUGCUGAAGUUGAAGACUUCUAUCCUCCGCCGACGUACGACACGGCUAUGGCCCUCGUUCACCUUACGGACAUGAAGCACGAGCAGCUCCGACUGGCUUACUAG